AGAACCUGCAGCUUUGCAGACUGGCAAAUUUUACUUUCUCAAACCCUCUACGGCCCUAGCGCCGUCCUGCUCGUUCGCUAUCUCUGUUAGCAGAGUAGCACGGCAGUGUCCUACCGCUCCGGACUGUGCAUAAAGGUUUAAGAAGGAUGUCUGCCGACGCUGAUGUUAACCUGGUUAUUCGGAUUGAGGAGGUCAGCUCGAAGGUGGCUGAGCUGCCGGAAACCAAGGCCUCUGCGGAGAUCAUUGCCAAAAUUGCCAGUGGCGAUGCCUCUGCUGCUUCGGACCUGGCCGCUCACCUGAAGGCCGCUGGUGCCAAGGGCUUCGGUGCUACACAGGCGCUGAAGGCGGCUAUUGAGGAUAAGGCCAACGCCAACGCCCGUGCUGCUGGGCUUGCCGCAUAUCAGGCUAUUUGCGAGGACAUCGGCAGUGCAGCUGAGCCUUUCGUAGCCCCGCUACUGCCCGCUGUGCUGGAGCAGUGUGGUGACAAGAAGCCAGAGGUGAAGGCCGCUGCCGAGUCCGCUGCAAAGGCCCUGAUCAGCAUCAUCAACCCUCAUGCUGUGUACACCGUGCUGGGCUACCUGUUCGAGUGCAUGGACGCCAAGAAGCACCCGGCCACGAAGGAGGCUGCCCUGAACCUCGUGAAGGACCUGGUCGGCAUGCACCCCAAGCAGAUUACGCGUGCUCUGCCGGAUAUCGUCCCUGCUGUCUCGGGCUGCAUGAACGAUUCGAAGCAGAGCGUCAAGGACGUUGCUUCGGAGUGCAUGAAGGCCGCCUGCACCCUGGUGGGCAACCGUGACAUUGACAACAUGGUGCCGCUCAUCAUCCGCUCCAUCAACAACCCCCAGGAGGUGCAGGACACCGUCCACAAGCUGGCUGCCACCACCUUCGUUCAGCAGGUGGAGGCUCCUGCUCUGGCGCUGAUGGUGCCGCUGCUGUUGCGUGGCUUGCGUGAGCGUGUCACCGCCAUCAAGCGCAAGGCCGCAUUAAUUGCCGACAACAUGUCUAAGCUCGUGGACAACCCGGCUGAGGCCAUGGUGUUCCUGCCGCGUCUGAUGCCUGAGAUUGAGAAGGUUGCCGCCGAUGCUGCCGACCCCGAGCUCCGCAAGGUGGCCACUGGUGCUCAGAAGACCCUGCAGCGCAUUGAACAGGAGGGCAAGGAGAAGCUGGCGAAGACUCUGGACAAGAGCGCUGCUCUGAAGAGCCUGCACGACCUGCUGGCUGCUUCGGCCGAUGGCAAGAAGGGUCUGGUCCCUGAGGCCUACCCUGUCCUGGACUACGCAGCCGCCCUGUGCGCCAACCUGACGAACAACAAGAACUUCGAGAUUGAGGAGUGGCGCGACAAGGUUCUGGGGACCUACCUGGGUGUCUUCGUCUCUGCCGGUACCCUUGCCCCUAUUGCCAAGACGCUGUGCGACAAGUGCUUCGCGGAGGUGCAGGUCAAGAGCACCGAGUACUUCGACGACGAGGAGGGCGAUGAGCUUUGCAACUGCGAUUUCUCGUUGGCCUAUGGUGCUAAGAUUCUGCUGAACAACGCUGCCCUGCGCCUGAAGCGUGGCCGCCGCUACGGCCUGUGCGGACCUAACGGCGUUGGCAAGUCUACGCUGAUGCGCGCCAUCGCCAACGGUCAGGUGGACGGCUUCCCGCCGAAGGACGUUCUCCGUACCGUGUACGUGGAGCACGACAUUGAUGGCUCUCUGUCCGAUCUGAGCUGCGUGGAGUUCGUGUUCGCUGAUGCUGAUCUGCAGGCAGCCGUGGCCACCAGCAAAGAGCAAGUCACCACCAUGCUGUCGUCCGUCGGCUUCGACGAUGCCAUGCUGGCCAAGGCUGUCGGCUCGCUGUCGGGUGGCUGGAAGAUGAAGCUGGCGCUGGCCCGCUGCAUGCUCAUGAAGCCAGACAUUCUGCUGCUGGAUGAGCCCACCAACCAUCUCGACGUGAACAACGUCGCGUGGCUGGAGAGGUACCUGGUGACUUUGAAGGAUGUGUCGGCCAUUAUCGUGUCUCACGACUCCGGCUUCCUCGACCACGUGUGCACGCACAUCAUUGAUUACAACAACCGUAAGCUCCGCGUCUACAAGGGUAACCUUUCGGAGUUUGUUAAGGCAAAGCCGGAGGCCAAGGCUUACUAUGAGCUGACGGCGUCGACGCUUACGUUCAAGCUGCCGGAGCCUGGCUACCUGGAGGGUGUGAAGACCAAGGACAAGGCCAUUCUGAAGGCCGACAAGGUCUCGUACAAGUACCCAGGCACUGAUCGCCUGAUCUUCGAGAACGCCACUGCCUACUGCACGCUUUCAUCGCGUAUUGCCUGUCUGGGCCCCAACGGUGCGGGCAAGUCUACUCUGAUCAAGGUGCUGACGGGCGAGGUCGAGCCCACGUCGGGUACCGUCUGGAAGCACCCCAACCUGCGCAUUGCCUACGUCGCGCAGCACGCCUUCCACCAUUUGGAGAAGCACUUGGACAAGACGCCCAACGAGUACAUUCAGUGGCGCUUCGCCCCCGGUGAGGAUCGUGAGGCUCAAGAGAAGGAGACCCGCCUGACGGAGGAGGAGCAGAAGAAGCUACAGGAGACCAAGGUGCAGAUUGGCGACGACCCCAAGGUCAAGCGCUCAGUAGAGAAGCUGCUGGCUCGCCGCAAGCUCAAGAAAUCCUACGAGUACGAAGUGCAGUGGGCCAACACCCCGGCUGACCAGACCAGCUGGCUGCCCCGCGACACUCUUGUGGAGCUCGGGUACGAGAAGCUGGUCAACGAGAUCGAUAUUAAGGAGGCCGCUGCUCUGGGUCUUUUUACUCGCCCGCUCACUACCGCCUCGAUCCAGAAGCACCUCGACGACCUUGGUCUGGAGUCCGAGUUCGCGCUGCACAGCCAGAUCCGUGGUCUGUCAGGUGGUCAGAAGGUCAAGGUGGUGCUGGCUGCCGCUACAUGGCAGAACCCACACUUGAUCGUGCUGGAUGAGCCCACGAACUACCUAGACCGCGACUCGCUCGGUGCGUUGGCGGGUGCCAUCAAGGAUUUCGGUGGUGGCAUUGUCAUUAUCAGCCACCACAACGAGUUCGUGUCGGCCCUGUGCAAUGAGCGGUGGAUUGUUGGUGGCGGCAAGAUGGUGCGCGAGGGUGAGAACCUGAUUGCCUUCAAGGAGAAGGUCGAAAUCAAGGUUCAGGACGAGGUGAUUGAUGCAUUUGGAAACACCAUCAAGGUGAAGGGCCCCAAGAAGGAGAAGAUGUCGAACAAGGAGAAGAAGGCUCUUGAAAAGUUGCGCAAGGCCCGACGCGAGCGUGGAGAGGUAGUUACCGACGACGAGGAGGAGAUGUAAUACGCGAUCGACGUGGUUUCGGGGAAAUUGCAACUGGGAAGGGCGUGCCCUGGGGUCUGUUGAGCUCCUGAUGCACGCCGCUACCAGGGAGUGUGGUGUCUGUUUGUCCCGGAGCGGUCUUAUGUGGGAGAGUCGCCUCGCCAUUUGCAGCCACUGCCAUAGCCUCCCGACCUCUAAUGGUGUUGUUCGAGCUGGCUGGCGUACAACUGCAGUACGGUUCCUUCGCCUCUGUUUUAGCUGUGACUUUUAGCGAAUGCUGCUCAGGGCCGUGGUCAGCUUUGUCACUGGGUCACCUGGAGUAUAUGGAAUCAGGCAGUGGACGAUUCGCAUGUGUCUCUGUCGUUACUGUUUUAUCCCACAUGGACGAGCGUCUUGGCUCUGGCCGACUGGGUUGGAAGUGGUACAAGGCAAAUGGUUUGCUUUUUCCGCCUUUGCCGUCGCGUUUACGCUCGAUCUCGUUUGGUUGGGGUCCGCUACGUAUCAAUGCAGUCGAAGGGUCUAGAGAGGAUAUUUGCGUGCAUGACAUGCAGAGCGCAGAUUAAGAGAAGAAAUAUGCUAUGACGACAUAGCCUUCAGACUUGGGCAUUCUACACUUGUGGUGGUCUGGUGUGCCUCCGCUUAGAACCUUUCAUCACCUGUUCUCAAUCGAGUACGAUGUGCAUGAGAGAUGACCUUCAACAUACAAUCCGCAGUAGUGUAUCUGGGCUUUGGAUUCGAGGCCAUAUCACUUCAUUGACGGUAUGUAAUUCCAAUGCUGCUAAACUUUGGCGUUUGGUUGUGAUGCACCAGUCCUGCACAUCCGUCACAAUAGUUGGGUACGGUUGUAAGAAAUAUAUGCCAGUC